GGGAUAGAAAUGGUUAAUACAAGCGAUGCGUAGACAUAACCUCAAAUACAAUCUGUGCAUGCGUAAAAGAUAAGAAAAAAUAAGUUUGAGCAUAUCGAUAAUAUUUCUUACCUGUAUAGUAAUAUAGGAAAAUUAUAAUUUAAUUGCGAUGGAAGAAUAUCCGCCGAUUAAUAUACGUUUGGCUGUAAAUAGAAUUGAUCUAAAUUUAAUCAGGAGCGAAGAUAUACAGCCGCGAAUAUAUACACCGGGAGAAGAAAUAUCUAGUCAACCUGAUUUUUUGAGGGGUCACGGAACAUACGUAGAUGAUGAGAACACAUUACGUGCGUCCGUAGCUGGCGUUUUAGAAAAAGUAAACAAACUUAUUUCGAUAAGACCCUUGAAGGCACGUUAUCAGGGCGAAAUAGGAGAUGUUGUUGUUGGCCGUAUAACCGAGGUACAACAAAAACGAUGGAAAGUUGAUACUAAUUCAAAACUUGACUCUGUACUUUUACUAUCUAGUGUCAAUUUGCCUGGAGGAGAAUUGAGGAGAAGAUCCGCAGAAGAUGAACAAACAAUGCGACGAUAUCUUCAAGAGGGAGAUUUAAUUUGUGCAGAAGUACAAAGUAAUUUUGUAGAUGGCUCGCUUUCGUUGCAUACCAGAGUCUUAAAAUAUGGUAAAUUAUCUCAGGGUAUAAUGAUAAAAGUUUCACCAGCACUCAUAAAACGAAAGAAAACGCAUUUUCACAAUUUGGAGAAUGGUGCAAGUUUAAUAUUAGGAAACAAUGGUUAUAUAUGGAUCGGAGCUAGUAAACAAGAUACCGACAGAUCAGAGGGUGGUUUCACUCAAGAUUUAUCAAGGAUCCCACAGGAAAAUCGCGAAGUUUGCGCACGACUUCGUAAUUGUAUUUUAAUUUUAGCAAAAUGUAAUAUGCACCUAACAGAUACAUCUGUUACAUAUGCUUACGAAGAAUCUAUGAAAUAUAAAGUAAAUAACUUAUUAGAACCUGAGGCAAUGGUUGAUGUAUCAUUAUUAACUCAUCAAAGACUGUCACAAUGAUUCUGUAUUACACUUAUAUAACUACAUGU